AUGAAAGCAAUUAAAAAUUUAACUCAGAAAUAUCAUCUUCUGAAACACAAUUAUUUAUGCCAUUUCUACAGUACUUUUAAAGAACCCUUUAAUAAAGGCAUGACACGACUCAGUCCAGAUCGACAAUUAAUUGAAAUCUACGGGACAGAUGCAAGAAAAUUCCUUCAAAGUAUGAUAUCUAAUAAUAUCCCCCAAUCAGGUCCUAAUGUGGGUGUUUUUGCCGGGUUUUUACAACCUCAGGGACGAAUCUUAUGUGAUGUUUUUAUAUAUCCAGUUGUACAUAACACUAUAUGGAGGAAAAAUAGAGGUGGACAAUAUAACAAUGAUGAGGAAGCAUUUUUUAUUGAAUGUGAUUCACAAAGUGUAGAAAAUUUAAUAGAUCAUUUAAAACGCUAUAAACUUCGCUCAAAAUUAUCUUUACGCUUGGUAAAUAAUGAAGAAUGGAAUAUUUGGUCAUCAUGGGGUGUAGAUAUAUCAGAAAGCAAUGAAAAAAAUGAAAUAAUUGGAUGUCGUGACUAUCGUGCGCCUGGAUUAGGUAGAAGAGAUAUUUUACCUGGUAAUGCAAAACCUGAAUUUGAAGCAAAUGAAAUGCCACCAGAAAGCUAUAAAAUAAGAAGGUAUCUUUAUGGAGUUCCGGAAGGUCCUAAUGAAAUUUUUGAAAAUAUUGCAUUUCCUAUCGAAAGUUGUAUCGACUACAUGGGUGGAAUUAACUUUUAUAAGGGAUGCUAUAUUGGUCAAGAGCUUACAACAAGAAUUUAUCAUACAGGUGUUGUAAGAAAACGAAUUGUUCCUAUCUCUUUAUAUAACUCCGACAACUCUCCACCAUCUAAACUUGAAUAUAUUCCAUCUACAAAAGUUCAUAUGCCUAUGAAAGCAAGCCCUAUUGUAAGACAAGAUGCUAAAGAGAAAAAUGUGGGAAAAUUUUGCUCAGGAAUAGGAAAUAUUGGAUUAGGGCUUAUGCGUUUAGAUAGUGUGUUUAUUGAAAGCGAAAAGGACAAAAAAUGCAUUAUCAACUAUGUAGACGAACACAAUAAUGACUGUACUAUUGGAGUUAAAGCUUUUCAGCCAUGGUGGUGGCCCCCAAAACAAAUUAGCAACUAUUGUUAA